AUGACAUUAAUUGAAAACAACGAUCUACGACAUAUUGCUCAUUUUCAUCAUGCUCACUCACAAUGUUGUCGUCAAAAUGUCAUAAGUGAAGUUCUACAUAUUCAUAGAAUGAAUCAUUCAGUAUCAUCUACUCUAUCAGUUCGAGUUAUUAUUUCAUUAACAUCUCCAUCUACAACAACAUCUUAUCCUGAUUUAGAACAACUGACAGUAAAAGCUUCUUCAACUUUUACUGCUAUAUCAUCAUUAUUAUGUAUAAGUUCAACAAUUUAG